CGGGCGGGCACAGGAUGGGAGGCCAACAGGAAAGCCGGGGCAGCGGCUAGGCUGCGAAGGUGAAAAGUAGUCCAGGAGAAGGCGGCGGCAAACUGGCCGAGGAGACUGCCCGGCCAUGGUCCCGGCCCCACCGGGAGUCGAGCUCCACUCUGUCUGAAUUUCGUUGGCCCGGAUGAGAGGACGAACCCGUUGCGUAAAGGAGCUUUCUGGGAGUCCAGCGCUUCUUACUGCUUAUUCUCCAGCCCUGUUCCGGUUCAGAGCUGAGCGGCUUGAGUUUAUUGGUCAGAAUGACAGCCUUGACCGCAAGGAUGAGGAACCCUAUAAAGGGGAGAAAAUGGAGGGCAGAUGGAAGUGAGCUAGAAACCGAAAUCUCUGCCUUUGAUGGGACCCAGUUUGUAAGCAUACAGGAGCCUGCUGUGCACUGUGCCAGGUUAUUUGUGCAUUCCUCUUAUUACAGCGCUCUCUCAUUGGGCAACCAGAAACUCAGAAUUUCAAGCCAUGAACCUUGUUCUGAUCCUGCCAGGAAUAACUUCUUAAGUGAAGAUCCUGGGAUUGAACCCGGGACCUUCUGCAGGUCAGAUCAGGGCUCUGCCACUGAACGCUGCCCUUUCCAAAUUUUGAAGGAAGGCUGCCUUGCCUUCCUGCUGGGCGGAAAUCGAACUCAGGCCCGGCCUGCAGGGGGGACACUGGCAGAAUUCAUCCAUAAACGAGGCAAUUCCCUGCUGGAUGAGGAGACCAUCCUGCACUUCUUUGCGCAGAUCCUGCUGGCGCUGCACCAUGUCCAUGCCAAGCAGAUCCUGCACCGGGACCUCAAGACCCAGAACAUCCUCUUGGACAAACACCACACAGUGGUCAAGAUUGGUGACUUUGGCAUCUCCAAGAUCCUCAGCAGCAAGAGCAAAGCCUAUACUGUGGUGGGCACCCCUUGCUACAUCUCUCCGGAGCUGUGUGAAGGCAAGCCUUACAACCAGAAGAGUGACAUCUGGGCCCUGGGCUGCGUCCUGUAUGAGCUGGCCAGUUUGAAGAGGGCCUUCGAGGCAGCAAACCUGCCCGCCUUAGUUCUGAAGAUCAUGAGCGGCACCUUUGCCCCCAUCUCGGACCGCUACAGCCCUGAGCUGCGCCAGCUGAUCCUCAGCCUGCUCAACCUGGACCCAUCGAAACGGCCCCAGCUCAACGAGAUCAUGGCGGAAGCCAUCUGCGUCCGCCCCUUGCUGAACCUUUAUACCGACGUGGGCAGCGUCCGGAUGAGAAGGCCUGAGAAGCCGUGGACAGCAGUGCCUCCAGCGACCCAUGGCAGAGCUAGAGGUGGGGCUGUCGCUACCAGAGCGAGGGGCUGUCGCGCUGGUUCCGCCAGGCCUGGCCUCCCGUCAGCCUCGUCCUCCAUCUACACCUGGGGAUGUGGGAUCACUACCCCCCUCCGCCUCCCCAUGCUGAACACGGAGGUGGUGCAGCCACCCCCCUUUGGCACGCCUGGGGGGCCCUCACUCCCAGGAGCCACUGAGCAACUGCAGCCCCAGUUUGUGUGCCGCUUCCUGGAGGGCCAGUCUGGGGUGACCAUCAAGCACGUUGCCUGCGGAGAUCUGUUCACUGCCUGCUUGACAGAUCGAGGGAUCGUCCUGACCUUUGGCAGCGGAAGCAGCGGCUGCUUAGGACAUGGAACAUUCAUGGACGUGAGCCAGCCCAAGAUUGUGGAGGCCCUGCUGGGAUAUGAGAUUACACAAGCAGCCUGUGGCGCAUCGCACGUCCUGGCCAUGUCCAGCGAAGGGGAAGUCUUCACUUGGGGCAGGGGGGACAACGGGCGCCUGGGGCUGGGGACCCAGGAGAGUCACAGCUCCCCGCAGCUGGUGCCACUUCCCUCCGGCUACGAAGCACAGAAGGUCUUGUGUGGCAUUGAUGCCUCCAUGCUCCUGACAUCCAAGAACCAGAUUCUUGCCUGUGGCAGCAACAGGUAUAACAAGCUGGGGCAGGACAGGAUUGUGCCCCAAGGGGAACCCCUCACUGCCGCUGACCAGGUAGAGGAAGUGCUAGUCUUCAGUCCUGUCUGCUCAGCCCCCUUGAGCGAAGAAGCCAUUGUGGGGGCUGACAUUGGAACAGCCCAUUCGGCAGCCAUCACCGCCACCGGUCAGUGUUACACCGUUGGGAGCAACCAGCAUGGCCAGCUUGGCCCCAUCUCCUGUCGUGCCAGCCGUGCCCCGUACCUGGUGGAAGGGCUCCAGACCAUCAGAGUCACCAUGGUGGGAUGUGGCGAUGCCUUCACCCUGGUUGUGGGAGCAGAUGGCGAGGUCUACACCUGGGGGAAGAGCGCCAGGGGGCGCCUGGGCAGGAAGGAGGAGGAGACAAGAAGCCCACGGCCCGUGCAGCUGGAAGAGGGCUCCCCCAGCCUGGUUGUCUCGGUCUCGUGCUGCCACGGCAGUACCCUGCUAACUGUCAAGCCUGCAGUGGAAGAAUCCAGCCCACAGUGAGGGGAAUGGACUGGGAUGCAAACAGAAGGAAGGACACCAGGGUCCCUUCCCCUUGCAGAGAGCCCUGACCCACCUCAUCUUGGAGGCUGCGGCAAACCUGGCCCAUGGACUGGGAGGGAGCCCAGCACCCACUGAUGCAGGCAUCUGCAGGAUUGCCCGCCUUCCUUCCUUCCUUCCUUCCUUCCUUCCUUCCUUCCUUCCUUCCUUCCUUCCUCCUUCCUCCUUCCUCCUUCCUCCUUCCUCCUUCCUCCUUCCUGUCUGAAGCUUCUGGGAGGGAGAAUGGCUGCUUUGGCAUCCACACCCCCACAGACAGCGUGUCCAAGGCAGAGCAGCAUCUCCUGCAGAAGGCACGGCUCUUCUCUGGAGAGUGACUUUGGAGGUAGGGAAGUCGCGGGGCCAGGCUGAUGUUGACUGUCGUUCCUGCUGACUCAGACUGCUACGUAGCCUCUCGCAGGAGCCCAGCAGAGAGGACUGCCAUUCCAGCAUGACCAGGAGUGAUUCAGAGGCCUGAACGUUGCUGCUGCUUUUAUUCAUCCCGCUGCCUCAUUCCAUGAUCUGACCCUGGUCCCUGUUGGAUGUGGUCUGUUGAACCCUCUCCAGCCCACGGGGGCCAUCAGCAACAGAGCAUUCUUGCUUCUGGAGCCAUUAUUUUUCCCAAGCAGUGUCCAGUCCAGCGGCACCUCCCAAAUUGUAUGGAGUCUCAAAUUCUCAGACUGCCUGACCCCCACGAACAAUAGCAUCUCUCUGUGUCAAACUUCUAUUCCAGGAGCAGCUGUCUGUACUUAGUCCCCUGCAAAGUUUGGCCAGGGAAAAGUGGGGGGAAGGGGCAAAUUCAGAGCUGAAAGCUACGUUUUUAAACAGCAUUGGUACCCUCCAUUUUUAGUGCCUCUUAGUAAGAAUUGCAAUGUAUCUACAGUUGUUGUUAUUACUACUACUACUAUUGGAAUGUGUGUAUUUGACAUGCACACUGCAUUCAUAAACCGACCAAUCUGCAAUUGCUCAGUCUAUAGAAUAUUUUGAGGAGGGGCCUACUUCAGUCAGCAUUGUUUGCUGAGUCCUGUCUGUUACUUAACUGCCCAGGUUUGGGUCAGGACAAGACCUGAGGGUGGAAGAGCUGGGAAUGGAGCCACAAAGCUUUAGAAGCUGAGCAGCUGCUUUCUCCAUGAGAAACCGCAGGUUCCAUCUUUAGCCCUGAAAAAUAAACAGGGCAGGUGAUGGGAGAAAUUCCCCCCUGACUACUUGAGACAGUGAUGAGUACAUGAGGAAGGUGUCUGAUUGGGGG